CUUGUCCAGCUGCAAAACCAAACGAAAGUGUUGAGUGACACGAAGAAGUCUGGCAAGUCAAAGGGUCAUGCAGGCUCCAGUGCAAAUUCGGAUAGUGCUAAGUCAGCAGCAGUUCGUGCUCGAGAGAAGGCCGAACGGGCUCGAGUGCGAGCUGAGAAAUUGAAAGAAAAGGCUUUUGAAGCGAAAGAGCUGUCUGAGAAGCUGAAAUUGAAGGUCGAAAAAGCGAAAAGAGCUGCCGAUCGAGCAGCUUCUCGGUCAGAUAGAGAAAAAUCGCGUUCGGCAUCGUCUAAGUGGUCCAAACUGACUGAGCAAUAUAAAAUGGCCAAUCGCCGUUCAAGCAAGUUGCGAUCAUUGGUUGAGAAAGCUACCAAGCGUUACAAGAAACUACUACGAAAGGCGGAAAAGCCGGUAGAAAAAAAGCGCUGGGAACGGGUGAAGGAUGGUGGCAAGAAUCAUCGAGCUGAUGCAAAUGAAGCUGUUUUGGCCCUGCUUCGAAAGGAAAUGGCUCGAAUAAAAGAACGUACCGCCACUCGGACCUAUAUGUACGAGACAAAACCGCCG